UCUUUACCAUCCAACUUGUUAAUUUACUGCACAAGGUUUUCUUCUUCAUCCCUUUCCUCCCAAAUCUCUCUCUCCAUCAACCAUCUUUACACCAACCUCUAAAGAUUCUUCUCAGCUUCGUUUUAGAUCGUGUUCCUGACCUCUGUCCAAGACUUUUACUUGAGCUUCAACUUCUUCUAUUCAAAAAGCGUUGAUGGCACUUCGGCUUCCAACUUCUAAAGCAGCAGAGUUUGCGAUAGGAUCAAUUGGUUGCGGUUAUGAUUUAGCUAUUGAUGUACGCUUGAAGUAUUGUAAAGAAUCACGGUUACUUGACAUUCAAGACGGUGAAGACACUCGUGAGAUUGUUUUACCUGGUGGAAUCACUAUCCCUAACGUUUCAAAGUCUAUAAAAUGUGAUAAAGGAGAGCGCAUGAGGUUUAGGUCGGAUGUUCUUUCUUUCCAACAGAUGACAGAGCAGUUCAACCAAGAACUAUCUUUAGCUGGUAAAAUCCCAUCAGGACUCUUCAAUGCCAUGUUUGAAUUCUCUGGCUGUUGGCAGAAAGAUGCAGCCUACACCAAAAACCUUGCUUUUGAUGGCAUUUUCAUCUCCUUUUACACCGUUGCUUUGGACAAAUCUCAAAUGUUGCUCCGUGAGCAUGUUAAGCAGGCUGUCCCAUCAACAUGGGACCCCGCUGCAUUGGCUAGGUUUAUAGAUACUUAUGGGACGCAUAUAAUUGUUGGUGUUAAGAUGGGAGGGAAAGAUGUGAUUUAUGCAAAACAGCAACACUCGUCGAAACUUCAACCUGAUGAUCUACAGAAAAGGUUGAAAGAGGUGGCAGAUAAGAGGUUUAUAGAAGCUAGUGGAGUUCAGAAUAUAGCUUCAGAUAGAAUACAUCCAACUAGUAAGGACAUUGUCUUCAUGUGCAAAAGGAGAGGUGGAAACGAUAAUAGAAAUCUAACGCAUAACGAAUGGCUACAAACAGUUCAGAAUGAGCCGGAUGCUAUCACCAUGUCCUUAAUUCCAAUAACUUCUCUACUUAAUGGAUGUCCAGGAAGUGGAUUCUUGAGCCACGCCAUUAAUCUCUAUUUAAGAUAUAAGCCACCGAUCUCAGAGCUACAUCAGUUCUUAGAGUUUCAGCUACCAAGGCAGUGGGCUCCAGUGUUUAGUGAACUUCCUCUUGGUCCUCAAAGAAAGCAACAAAGUUGUGCGUCUCUGCAGUUCAGUUUCUUCGGACCUAAGCUAUUUGUAAACACCACUCUGGUUGAUGUUGGGAAGAGACCAAUCACUGGCAUGCGUCUCUACCUAGAAGGAAGAAGAAGCAACCGUUUAGCAAUCCAUCUGCAACACCUUUCCUCUCUCCCCAAAAUAUUCCAGCUCGAAGACGCUCCCAACACAAUUAUGCGGCAUGAGUCUCAUGACCGUCGAUACUACGAGAAAGUAAACUGGAAGAACUACUCACACGUCUGCACAUCACCCGUCGAAUCAGAAGACGAUCUCGCUGUAGUAACAGGUGCACAGUUUGUUGUAGAGAGCCACGGAUUCAAGAACGUGCUCUUCCUGCGUCUUAGUUUCUCCAAAGUGGGACCGAUGCUUGCCAAGAACUAUGAAUGGGAUGAAGCAGUAGGGUUUGCUCCCAAGUCAGGACUCAUCUCAACGCUAAUAAGCCAUCACUUCACCGCACCGCAGAAACAACCACCACCACGUCCUGCAGAUGUGAAUAUAAACUCUGCUGUUUACCCUGGUGGACCACCAGUGCCUGUGCAAGCUCCCAAGCUUUUGAAGUUUGUGGAUACGAGUGAGAUGACGAGAGGACCGCAAGAGUCACCAGGGUAUUGGGUUGUGUCUGGUGCGAGGUUGUUGGUGGAGAAAGGGAAAAUCUCGUUGAAGGUUAAGUAUUCCUUGUUGACUGCUAUAAUGGAAGAUGAAGUUAUAGAUGAAACUUAUGAAGGUUGAGAGAGAGAUGGUAUGGUGGUUGUGUUGUGUGUACAUUUAUAAUUUGUAAUGCGUGUGUGUAUGAGAGGGAUAGGAGGAUUCAAUGUCUUGUACAUUUCUUGUCUUGAAGAAGCAUGUUACACACUAUAAUGAUUCUCCACUUAA